AUGAAACAAAAAUAUCAAGAUACAUCAAGAGUGAAGAGGGCUCAGUUGCAAGCAUUAAGAAAGGAAUUUGAAGUUCUUCAGAUGAGAGAGGGAGAGAAGAUGGACGAGUAUUUUGCUCGGACACUAACAGUUGCAAACAAGAUAAAAGCUUAUGGUGAGAAGAUGGAGCAGGUUGUGAUUAUCGAGAAAAUCUUGAGAUCAAUGACCUCAAGAUUUGAUUAUAUUGUAUGCUCAGUGGAGGAGUCCAAUGACUUGGAUGUGUUGACAAUUGAUGAGUUACAAAGCAGCUUAUUAGUUCAUGAGCAGAGAAUGAAUAGCCGUGGUGAAGGAGAUGAGCAGGCUUUGAAGAUUACUCAUUAA